ACUAGAAGCACAUGACCAGGCAUGUUUACACCUGCAGUGACCAAAUAACACACAGCUCCAACGCUGACUGUGCCACUGACAGGGAAGCAUAUUGUUUAAACAGAGAUAAGAAGCAGUAUUUUCGCGAGAGAUCAUUGUUUAGCGGACGCUCACUGGGACUUGGUAAUUCCAGGCAGCCUCUGCCGACCUGUACCCCGAGAGGGAAGCUACAUCCUCGGCCACAGGCUCCAGGACCAGCCCUCUUGCUGUACACCAUGGACAAGAUGGAUGUGGAACAGGUGACCCUGGCUCUACUUGAUGCAGCCACUGAUAAAGACUCAGAAGUCCAGGAACAGGUCAGAAAGUCUAUGUUGACCCUAGGAAAACAGCAGCCAGACAGAGUGUUAGCCAUGUGCCAGGACUACCUUCUGAAACACCCAAAGUUGGUAGUGAGUCACAGAGUUGUGAUUCUUCAGACUAUUGAGCUGAUUGUGGGCUGCAGGAUAGAGGAGAUCAGUUACCCAAGGAUAAAAAGUAUCAUCUCCCUGGCCUCAGAUGAAAUGACACGAUCAAAGGAGGUCAUCCCUGAUUGGCAGAAGGCAGCCAGUAAUAUCUUGGUUGCUGUAGGUAACAAGCACAUUAAUGACAUCAUGGAGGAGAUACUAAGCAAGUUUCAGCCAGGGCUCCUACCUCACUUCUUUGUGGUCCAGACACUAGCCAACCUUUCUGAUUCCAAUGUUUAUGGCAUGGUACCCUUCCUCAAUGCUAUUCUGGGCACCAUGUUGCCCAUGUUGAGCAUGGCCAAACAGGACAACAUUAAGUGGGUCUUCUCUUCUGCUCUGUGUCAUUUCAGCGACAGUAUCUUGGAGUACCUGGCCAACCUGGACAAGGCUCCAGAUCCCACAGUCAGAAAAGACACAUUCUCCAGUGAAAUCUAUGCUGCUUUUGAUAUCCUCUUCAAUAAUUGGUUACAAAGCAGGGAGUCUAAGUUGAGGUUAACAGUAGCUGAGGCAGUGGGCUCUAUGUGCCAUCUGAUGGCCAGUGAUAAACUGGAGGAGCAGAUUCCUAAACUCAUUCCUGCCAUCCUGUCUCUGUACAAGAAAAACAAUGAGCACUAUGUCAUUAGCAAGAGUCUGUGCCAAAUACUCGAUGCUUCCGUCAGCAUGGGCAGCAGGGUGCUGGAGACACAACUGGAUAGUCUACUCUUUGCAUUGCAUCAACAGGUGUCUGCCCCUGUGGAUUACAGUAACCCUCCUACUGUCAAGAACCACAACGAGGUCCUGCGCAGCUUCAGCUUACUAGCGAACUCCUUCCCAGACCGGUUGGUCAUGUUUGUUCUUCAGAAGUUGGAGAACAGUAAUGAGCGAAGCAGGAUGGGCUCCCUGGCUGUCCUUCGUCACCUCAUCAACUCCAGCACUUCCACAAUGGAGAGUAAGAAGCUGCUGAUUCUGGCCAGCAUCAGACAACCAAUGGCUGACCACGGCAACAAGGUCAAGAAGCGUGUGGUCCAGGUGAUCAGUGCGAUGGCUCAUCACGGCUACCUGGAGUUAGAGGGAGGGGAGCUACUGGUUCGAUUCAUUGUUCAACACUGUGCCUUACCUGACACAUAUCAGCGAUUCCAGAAGCCCACAGAUCCAGAGGAGGUGACUAACGAGGCACUGAGGACGAUAUGUGACAACACCCUUCAUCUCCUCACCACCACUGUUGGACGACUAGCUGAUGUGCUAUGGCCCAAGCUGCUGUACUAUCUGACUCCUUCACAGUACAGCAAUGCCACCACUCCUCUGUGUAAGAGUCUGAUAGUGCUGGGCAACAAGAAGAAAAAUAACCAGGAGCCCAGCUUCAACAUAGACUUUACACAGGAAGUCAAUCUGCCCUCUCCUCAAACACUAAUGGUCAGACUGCUGGUAAAUGCGGCGUUCCCAUUCAGUAGCAGAGGUCAUGGAGCUCCGUCCCUCUCUCUCCUUCUAAUCCUCAGCAUCAACAUCCACCCCAAUACAGAGAUACUCUGGGAGAAAGAGAUACCUCCUCUGCUUUCGAUGCUAGAGGAGUCAACGGCAGAGACCCUGGAUAAGAUGCACUGGGAUGAAAAGUUGUUGAAGCUCUUGUCUAAAACACUGGCUACUAUUGAUGAUGACAAGUGGGUGUGUCAGUUGGCAGUUGAGGCAACAACAUACCUCUCCACAUAUAACAACGCCUUAGAGGAGAAGAGUUUCCUCUAUCGAUGUGUAGGAGUGACUCUCCAACAGUGUUUCAAUAAGGAGUUGGCUAAGAAACAGCUGCAGGAAAUCCUCCUCACAGCACGACACAACGAUGCCGUUGAAAGAGAGGGAGUUGCGAUGAGCGUUGGUCUGUGUGCCAACAGCCACUUAGAGGGAACUCUGGCCAAGCUAGAAGAGUUCGGCAAGUCAGACGCCUUCAAGAAGUCACCAAGCAUCUUCAACCUUCUCAAAGAACGCAAUGAUGUUGAGGUGGAGAAGGUGAAAAGCACAUUAAUCUUAUGUUAUGGUCAAGUGGCUCUAAACGCACCUCCAGAAAAGAUACUGACCCGCAUUGAUCAAGACAUCCUUCGCUGCAUCAGUAAACACUUCAAUACCAAGGUUCUGGGGAUUAAAGUAGAGACAAAGGACCUGACUAUGAAACUCAGUUUGAUCCAGAGUGUUGGGCUCAUAGCCAGAGCCAUCACUGAGUGUGUGAAGAAACAAGGCUUCGUCUUCUCUCGCAAACAGGAGCUCAUUACUGUUAUGCUGGAUUUUAUCAAGGCAGAAGCAGCUGAUUCAUUGAGGACUCCAGUACGCCAUCUUGUGAUGACCACCUGUGCCAACCUAAUGCCUUUGGAACCUGCGCUGAGUGAGAAUGAGAGCUUUGACUUGCUAAAGGUGUGUGUGAACAGUGUGUUCUCUCUGCCUCCUGAGACACACUCUCCAGAGAAAACUAAAGAAGAGGAGACACUGGACCCCAAGCAGAGAAAGGCAUUGUACAAAGACACAAUGGCUGCACUGCAGGAUCUGCUGAAAAGUGCGCUGGCCAAGGAUCCCACACCUGAUGGCCUGCAGAGUGUCUUCAAGCACAUUGAAUCAUGGUUGAGCUCCGGACAGGACCACGAGAGAGAGAGAGCUGUCACAGCUACUGCUCACAUGCUGUCUUACUACCUAGAUAACCUGACUGUCAAGAACAUGGUGUCUUUCCAUAACCUUGGAGCUCUGCUGGGUCGACUGACUCCACGAUGUUCUGACCCUCACCCUACUGUACGCACUGCAGCCAUGGACUGUAUAUACUCACUGCUUUACAUACAGCUACGCUAUGAAGGUUUCGCUCUAAAUUAUAAGGAUGAAGGUGUGGACAGUCUGUUGCUCCUAAAAGACCGACUAGAUAAGCCUGACCACACUGUUCUCUACAAGACCUGCUCCGACCUUACCAAGGUGAUGAGUAAGCGUCUGCCUCAGCAACAGCUGACGACAUUGGUGUUCAUGUUGUUUGAGGGGCUGGUGGACAGUCAGGCAAACUGCUGCAGAGCCUCAUCUGUCAUCUUAAAUACUCUGCUGAAGAACAGAGGAGGAGGACUACAAGAGCUGGUCCCAGAGAUGCUGGAGGUGCUACAUGUGCGUAUGCAGAGCAUCACAGAGGAGCAGGUGAGAGUGGCAGUGGGACAGACGGUACUAAUCCUGGCUUCUCAGCAUCUACAGACUGUUAUCAAUACACUAGUUAACCAACCACUUCCUUAUGACAGCUGGACCAGUGAGAUGUGGAUGGCCUUAGGCGCAGACGCCAUCGUAGCCAAUCAGAUCAUUGAGAUGGUGAUGGAGAAGCUUCUCAUCAUGGCGCCCUACGUAGACCAGAGGGAGUCAAUGAUCAGAGGAGGGACAACAAAGGUGGCCACCAAUCAGCCACUGGCUAUGACAUGUGGUCUGAAAGAACUGUUAUUAAAUGGCCAGAGUCAGGAGCCGGCAGUCAGUCUGUUUCCUCAGCUCUUCUCCUGUCUCACUGUCAGACUGGGAGCAAGUGUCGGGGUCUCGGCACCGAAGGACAACAACACUAAACACACUGCCGUUGUCCAUGUAGCAGGGGUAGCAGCUGAAGCUCUGCGAAUCUUGUUAGCACGGGCCCAGUUAGAUGAGGUGAUGAAAAGACUGGAUGAAGAUAAAGCCUGGGAUGCAAUGAAGGAACUGAAUACACACGUUACUGGAAUUACACUACUGGCAAGGGCCAUGGCUAAGCAUGCUGGUCCCAGGUUGCCCGCCAUUGUGGAGUGUCUGUGUCCGUCCUUGAACAACAUCUACGAAAGCCAGAGAAUCACCGUCACUGCUUUCUUUUCUGAGCUCUUAAACCAUCAUGUGGUGACGGAGCUGAUGUUGAUAGAUGUGCUAAUGAACAACAUGAUGGAGAGGAUAUCAGAUCCCUGUUGCGCUGUCCGCAUGUUGGCUGUGCGGGGGCUAGGCAAUAUAGCCGUGGGAUCACCUGAAAAGGUGAAUAAAUAUGCCAAGGAGCUGCUGGCAGCCAUGAGUUCAGGCAUGGAGGAGAAAGACGAUCCAGGUAAGCUGAUUGCCCUUGAAGCCAUGUCAGGUCUUUCCAAAGUUCUCCUUUAUCUGGACAAGAAGAACGUCCACUUAUUAGUGGUCUAUAUCUUCAUGAAGAUUAAACCAUUCUUGGAAAGUGAGAAUGAUGAGAUCCGCUGUGCUUCCAUCCAUCUGAUGGGGAACCUGUCCAAGUUUGGCUCAGGAGAGCCAGUGUUCAAAGACCAGAUCCACAAUGUUCUGGUCAGUCUGCUGUUACACCUGGUUGACCCAAACCCACAGGUGGUCAAGGCGUGCAAGUAUUCAAUGCGAGUGUGUGCUCCUGUGGUGGGAUCGGAGCAGAUCACAGCCAUGUUUCAGAACCACCUCCUCGAUGACAAGAGCUUGCACUACGGAGAGUUCAUCAAUGACCUCACCAAGUACCUGAUUCAGGACUUUCCAGGCAUGCUGAACUUCUAUCACAUCUCAGUCAUCCAGUUCUUCAAGAGCCACUGGGCUGAAGUCAGAGCAGGAGCCGCCAUGUUUAUAGGAUUUCUGCUGGGGAAUCUUCCAGAGGAGCAUUUCUCCCACCUCAACAUGGGCACCAUCACUAAAGGUUUAGUGAUGCUGCUCCAAGAUCCAGAUCCUGUGGUGAGAGUGAAGGCUGCUGAGGCCAUGGGACGUUUCCACUGACAGACACAAAGACAAAGCCCUCAUACACAUCUGUAUCUCCUUUAGACACAAGUGGUAGGUUGCCACUACAUAGAGAACAGGAAUAUUUAUAAUUUUGCCCGCAAUUUAAAAAAACAACAUCUAGAGCCCACCAUUUAAAUGUGCAAACAUUAGAACUGUACUUGAAUAACGCAACUGCAACCUUCAUUAAUACCAAAACAUGGACCAAAGUAGACUCAAAUGUGGCGCCAGGACCAAUGUUAAAAAUCAUAUAAAAUGAACACUGAUAAUAUUUAUUCAAUCACACAAAUGCACAUAUAUUUAGCCGUUAGCAGCUUUUUUAAGCAUCUUUUGACACUUAACUGAGGUACUUAAAAGGAAAUGUUAAUUCUUAGUUAUAUAUUAGUGACCAAAGACUGUGUAGCUCUGUACAGAUGGAUGUUGUCUGCAGUGUUGAGCGUUCCGUCAGAGUGACAACACCAGUUAUUCUGUGUUCUGUCAAUGAAAUGUAUCGUGCAUAAAGACAUUUCUAAUCCAAAGGUUAAAGACACAGUUGAACUUGAGUAAAAGUUUUUUUUUUUUUUUUUUAGAAUGAAUAUAGUUUCUUCAAAUAUUAUGUGAAGAAGUUAACAGUAAGGCACAUUUAAAGUGCAUGACAACCGUUCCGCAUGACUUGUAGCUGAAGUGUGUGUGUGUGUAGUCAUGCCAACAUUUCAUGAUAGUGUUGUUUGUGGAUGUUAGUUUUAGUUUCAGACUAUCUUUUAAGAGAUAAGUUCUAAUGAAGUGGGCUUGGUUUUAUUGUCCUGAAGACCCUCCCUCUGAUUAACAUGGUAUCCUCCUUCUCACAAAUCAGCUCUGAGCUUUAUAAUAAAUAAAACAUUAUAGGUCAGUUAAAUGCAUGUUACCAUGAGUAAAUUCAAGUGAAGUGUGUAAUAGAACUGCUAAAAAGGCUGAAUGCACAAGAACUACAGCAGGACUACCAGUCUGUAACUACUUAUACUUUUUACUUUUCCAAACUAUCUCUAACAGCAGGACUCGUGCUUACUAAUAGUCCUGCUUUGGACAGUAGCUCACAUGUGAACUGGCUUGUUCAGAACAGAGUAAAGACAGUUAAACCAUCCACUUAAUUAUUUUAUUUUUUUAAUCCCAUGGACAAAUUGGUGCAAAACUCACCUCUGCUUCUAAGCCAUAAUGACGCCGUUUAUAAAUCAAUGCCACCUCUAAAUGUCCACACACAAUGUGGACACUUCCUGGUGUAACUAUACUUUCUUUCUUUGACCACUGUCUGUUUAAUCUGCACACAGUUCAAGAUUCAAUUUCACAUUAUGGGUCACACGAGCAUUAUAUGUAUACGAACAUUUAUUACCACAAUAACGUUGCCAGGCAGCCAUUGUAAACACACCAGCCAAAUGACCGUUCAGAACCAUUUUAAUGUGGUGACCCUGUUUUUUAAGUCCUCACCAUUGAAUGUAUUUCUGAGAAGGGUUCACAUUAUUUUGUGUUUUUAGUCAGGCUAAAAUUACAGACCUAACUCUUACCCAACUGAACCAGCCAGUUCCAGUCAAUCAAACCAUUACUGUUGUGUUGUUAGGAAGAACAGACCAGUGUAGCCAUGCUGAAAACAGUUAGUGCCAAAUGUUCGUCGAUCACAUAUAAUAGCACCAUAGAGAUGCUGUAAAUGAUUUUCUCUCUUUCUCACUUUAAAUGCACUUAAUGUUGUUUCCAUGUCAUUCCAUUAAAUGUUUGAGUUUGUACAGUUUUAAGCACCAGUUGUUGGUUUGCAGGACUCUUACUAUCAUGUAAAUAUAUGUAUGAGUGUUGUAUUAUGUAAGGAUGUAUGUACAUGUACAUUUUAUGUCUCCAAAUGCCAACAAGGAGGGAUACAAAAUAAUCCAUUAUUCAUCUUAAUUUGAAUUCAUCUGGUGACUGCAAAUGUCUAAUACAGAGUCAGGUAAAAGCAAUACAUAGUUUGUUCUGGAAUAAAUGGUUAUAUGUAUGUCUACCUUAAAUAUUUCCGUUGCGCUUUUAAGCUCCGUCAUGUAGUCCCUGAUUUUAAGAACUGAAAGGCAAACAAGGAGCUGAACCUGUUUAUUUUUUGUUUGUUUUUUUAUCUUCCUUAAUUUCACGAGACACAAAUCACAUGUGGAGAACAUUUUUAUGUCUUUGCCCAUAGAUAACUGAAAGCUGCUAUAGUUUUUUUUUUUGCUUAUUUCAACAAACAAAUGUUUUCCCUAAUGUUAGAAUUUUUGUGUGUAUUUACAAAUGCUGUAAAUGUCUCAAUCAAAUUAAAAAGGCUGCUCCUGGAUCCAGAUCAGUUGUAUUAGAUGUUCUACAAACAGGGACUCGUGGCUUCUAGCACUUUCUAACACUAUGGCUUGGUUUAGGGUGAAUGGUAAUUAGUAAUGCAUUUUAAAAGCUGUUGUGAAUUUUAUACCACUAAUAUGAUUUUGUUCAUGUCAUCUACCUGUUUUUUAACAAGUUGAAGGUAUUUCCCAGUAUGUAUGACACAUGGCUCCAUGUGUGAAUGUGUGCGUGUCACUUUUCAUUUCUUACUGGACCACAAGAGAGAGUGGAUGAUGGCAAUCAAUUAUAUUUAAAAUGAAGAAAUAAACAGAUCCAUCAAAAAUA